CCGCGUGUCACCGGCAGACGGGAAGAUGGCGGGGAUGUCCGCGGGGAGAGGGAAGAUCGUGGUGGUCGGAGGAGGAAUAGCCGGGGUCACGUGUGCGGAGCAGCUGUCGCUCCAGUUUCCUGAUGAAGUCAUUCUUCUCCUGACAGCGGCUCCGCUCAUUAAGGCUGUGACUAAUGUGAAGCAGGUCUUGCGGGCGUUGGAGGAGUUUGAUGUGGAGGAGCAGACGAGCAGCACCCUGCAGUCCCGGUAUCCUAACAUUAAGGUUGUGCAUUCAGCGGUGAAAGAGUUAAAGGCUGAUGAGCAGAUGGUGGUGACGGAGGAUGGGGCGUGUUAUCACUAUUCGCAGCUAUGUGUGUGUGCUGGAGCCCGGCCCCGCCUCAUCGUGGAGGGGAAUCCGUACGUGCUGGGGAUCCGUGAUACUGACAGCGCCCGGACGUUCCAGCAGCAUCUGACCAAGGCGCGACGAGUGCUGGUUGUGGGCAACGGAGGGAUAGCGCUGGAGCUGGUGUACGAGAUGGAGGGCUGUGAGGUCAUCUGGGCCAUUAAAGAUAAAUCCAUAGGGAACACGUUCUUUGACCCCGGAGCCGCAGAAUUCCUUAUCCCGCAGCUGAAAUCCGAGAAACCACAAACCCCCCUGACCUGUAAGAGAAUGAAAUACACCACAGAGGGGGGCGCCGGGCAGGAGGACGGUGGAGUUGGCAGCGCCCUUGGCCCAGACUGGCACGAAGGGUUAAAUCUGAGAGCCGCUCAGGAGAUCUCGCGCUGCGUACACAUAGAGGCGGAAUGCGAGGUGCAGAGGAUCCUGCUCCACCAGGAAUUCAAGGGGUUAAAUAUUUCGGCCUCGUCUGUGCCCAGAAGAGAGGGCGGCGCCACCUCUGACCCAGCUGAUUGGCCGGUCUACGCCGAACUGACCAACGGGAAAAUCUAUGGUUGUGACAUCAUCGUCAGCGCCACGGGCGUCACCCCCAAUGUGGAGCCGUUCGUCGGCGGAAAUAACUUCGAUUUAGGAGAAGACGGAGGACUGCGCGUGGACGAUCACAUGAGGACGUCGGUGAGGAACGUAUACGCCGCCGGGGACGUCUGCACUGCCGGGUGGACGCCCAGCCCCCACUGGCAGCAGAUGCGUCUGUGGACGCAGGCGCGGCAGACGGGCUGGUACGCGGCGAAGUGUAUGGCGGCCGACCGGCUGGGGGAAACCAUCGAGAUGGAUUUCUGCUUCGAACUCUUCGCCCACGUUACGAAAUUCUUCAACUAUAAGGUUAUCCUGUUGGGUAAAUACAACGCGCAGGGCCUGGGUACUGACCACGAGCUGCUGCUGCGCUGCACCAAGGGCCGGGAGUACGUGAAGGUGGUGCUGCAGAGCGGCCGCAUGAUGGGCGCCGUACUCAUCGGAGACACCGACCUGGAGGAGACAUUCGAGAACCUGAUCCUGAACCGGAUGGAUCUGUCCGUGUACGGGGAGGAUCUGCUGGAUCCCAACAUUGACAUUGAGGAUUACUUUGACUAGACGGGCUGACUGUACGAGGGAGGCGCUGCUGCUCUCCUCUGUGCUACGGACUAAUCGGAGAGGACUGCGCCCCCUACAGGACAUAAUGCCAGCGUUACCUGGGUGCAUUACAGAGACCAGGCCCGACCUGAUGACCCAAACUAAAACAUAAGGGAUCACCCAGUCACCUUGGCUCCAUAGACUGGCACAGCCCCUGCGGCCGCCUCCUUUGUUCUGAGCAUGCUCAGAAGUAAAAAUGGAUGCAAACUGAUGACAUUAACCCCUUUAAGGUUUUUGCACUUUCGUUUUUUGCUCCUUACCUUUAAAAAAAUCAUAACUCUCAAUUUUGCACCUAAAAAUCCAUAUGAUGCUUAUUUUUUGCGCCAUCAAUUGUACUUUGUAAUGACAUCAGUCAUUUUACUCAAAAAUCUACGGCGAAACGGAAAAAAAAAUCAUUGUGCGACAAAAUUGAAGAAAAAACGCA